AUGGAGCGGGACUCGCUGCCGUCGAGCGAGUCUUUAACCGGGACGCCCCGGCUGUCCCAUGGCAGCUUGCCGCCUUCCAACAACAGCAGCAGCGCCCAGGCACAGAAACGAGCGUACCGGCAACGCAGGAAAGACCCCAGCUGUGAUGCCUGUCGUGAGAGGAAGGUCAAGUGCGAUGCAACCGAAACUACGAGUUGUUCCGAAUGUUCGAGCCGGAGCGUCAAGUGCCAGUUUACCAAGGAGACGAACCGCCGCAUGUCCUCUAUCAAGCAGGUCCAGGAUCUUGAGAAACAAAUGGACCGGAUCCGGCGGGAAAACAACAGCCUCCGUCGCAUGCUACAAGAGCUCAAUGGCCGCCAAUCGGACAUGGACAUGGAUGCCGUCGAGCAGCUGCCCUUGCAGCUGCCCGAGAUUAACCAGCAACCCAAGCGGAAGAAGAGGCCGGCGGGCAUCCACGACCUUGGGCGAGCCACGUCAAAUCUGAGGAGUUUCUCGCGUGGGAUAUGGAAGCCCCCUGCUCCUUAUCGACAGGCUGUCAUACCCGAGCUGCGAGAUUUUCAGCAGCUUCUGCCACCUCGCCAGACCACCGACGAGCUGUUGCGAUCCUAUUACAACUCGACGCACACCAUGUCGCCCAUUCUGCACUGGAACACGUUUACGCAGACGAUUGACGGCCUGUACCGGCCCGCGAAUCCGCUCCGGGUCUCCCAGGCUUUCAUGUCCGUCUUCUUCGCCGUUCUUACCGUCGGCAGGCUCUUCGAGGCAGAAAACGAGCAGAACCGCGCGUACUCGGCCGCCCAGCUCCUGGAGACAACGCGAACGUUGCUUGACCCCUGGAGUAACGAGUAUGAACUGGACAAUGCACGCGCGCUGCUGCUGAUCACCAUGGCUUUGAACGAGCUAAACCUGAAGUCGGCUGCCUGGAGCUGGCUGGGAAGCACUGUACGAGUCGCUCAGGACAUGGGUCUCUAUAUAGAACCGGGGACGGCGUCCUUCAUCGAAGCAGAGAUGCGUAGGAGGACGUGGUGGGCGAUUUACAUUCUCGACCGGAGCCUGGCAGUCGAGCUAGGGAGGCCAAUGCUCAUAGACGACUCCGACUGCGACGUAUCUCUGCCCGCCGCCAUUGACGACCACCACAUGACAGAACGCGGCAACAGGCUCCCGGGUGGCGCCGAGGGGCUCACUCAUUCCCUCCUGGCUGUCGUCAACGUUGUGCGCUCCUACCCAGCACUAAGCCGAGCCCUCGCCUCGCCCGUCAUUGCGCCGACACGCCUCGCCACGUUCGACCAUCAUUUUGAUUUAUGCCGGCGUGCAUUUCCACCAGCCUGCCACCCCACGAGCACGGCUCCCAUGAUGCUCACCUUUCUGAACCCUUUCGUCUAUCUCCUCCACGCCCGCCUGCUUCUCCACCGGCACAAUCUCCUCCCUUCGUCACCGCCUGACGCCCGUCUGGUGGCCAUCGAACAAUGCAUGGGCACAGCCCUCGAGACAGCGUCGCUGCUCUCGCGCACCCCGACCGCAUCCUUUGCCGAAGGCGCCACGGCGCUGCUUACAACCCACACCUUCCGCUGCGCCCUCUUUCUGCUUCUGACGGGCUGCUUCGAGCAAGCGGCCGAGUGCAUCCGCGCCCUGGCUGCCAUCAACGAUCACCGCGAUGUCGCCGUCCCCUGCGGCCGCUAUCUCUUGUUCUUCGUUUCCGCCCUGUCUUCUCGACGAGCUGAAAUUGUAACUUACCUCACCCAACCCUCGCCUGGCCAGCCACCGCCACCUUACGGACACGCGCCACCGCCUCGGCAUACCCCUUCGCUCGCCGCCGUUCAGGACGCCAUCUUGCGCGACGAGGAGCUGCUGGCCUACGUCAGCGCCGACCUGCAGGCCCGACUGGAAACAGCCUGGGUCUGGGCGGGCGAGCGGGAGGCGCCGUCUCCAUUACCGAUAUUUGGAAAGCACGGUCUCUUUAGCGUCGAGGCGAGGUCUGGCCUGACAAACGAGGAAAGGUGGGACUGGGGACCGGGGAUGACGGGCUGGGAGAGGCUGGAGAGCUCGUUGAGGAAGCUGGCGAAUGGGGAGAUGACGGGGACCAGCACGGUAAUGCCGACAGCGGCGCAUCCGACCUCGACUUCGAUGCCGAAACCGCAGCAGCAUCCGCAGCAGAAUCACCACCCUCAUCAGCAGACGUGGAACACGGCUGCUGCACCGCCACCGCCACAGUUGCCGCCUGUCUUGCCACCUACUCACCAGCAGCACCAGCAUCCACAGGACAGGGCAGGGCCGGUGGAGACGAGGACGCAGGAAGCGAGGGUGGAUAUAGCGGCGCUACCGCCCAUGGUGGUACCGGGGUCGAGAGCGAGCCAGGGAUGCGCGACAGGGAGUCCCACGGGGCUGGGCGGGAAGAGCAAGAACCAGGAGAGAAUCAGCAUCGCGAAUAUUAUCUGA